CCGUCGCAUUCGUGUUUCCUUCAUCGGACACUUCACUCGUCGUGUUUCAACGCCGCAUCGAAGAUCUUCUAUCCUCCGCAGGUUGUUCCCGCGGUCCUCGCCGCAAGUUAAGUUUCUCCCAUCAUGAAGUCGACCAUGACGGUGGUUGCGGCGUUCUGCCUGCUGGUGCUGCUGGCUUUCCCGGCCAUUGUGUCGGGGUGGUGCCUGGAUGAUACGGACCACGACCCGAACACGAGGAGGAAGAUCGACUGCCGCAAGAAUCCCGACGCUGCAGGGUCCCAACGGGCCUGCCAGAGUCUGUGCUAUGCGGAAUCCUGGUGCCAAGGCACCGUCUGGAUUGGAAGCCCAGCCCAUUGGGUCAAGGGCAAGUACUGCUGCUUCCUCAAGGACAGGUACAAUCCAAGCGCUCUCAAGAGCCAAAAGCACCGCAGGUACUGCAGGAGAGGCUACUGACUGAUGGGAUUUAACGGACCAGUCUGAGCCAAUCCUACUGGUGGCUAGCGGUGGCCAAAACCAUGAUUAGUGACGCGGCUGGAGGGGACAGCGUGAUGAAGGCAAGUAAUUAACGGUGGUUAACGGCAGCAGCAACGGCUGUCACCGUUUGUUAACCGCGGACGGCGGUUAACAGCCGAGGCAAACACAACGUGGCAGCACUCUAAGUCACCGUUUGUUAACCGCGGACGGCGGUUAACAGGUCCCAACGCUGGACACACUGUAAGCUUUUUUACUGCGUGUGUGUGUGUGUGUCAUCCGUUAGGACUGAUGUCAAUCCAUGUCGUAACGGAACGUAAAGGUACGUAACGGAACGGAAGGGCUAGGUGCAACGGCUGUCACCCGACAGAAAGACUUGUGCCCCCUGAGUGCUGCAUAAGGAUAUUGACGAGGAUACCCGUCAACAUAGGUGGGUUAACUGGGGAGACAUCGUUGGGACAUGGUUAUCAUCAUCACACCGUCAUCAUCGUAGUACACACGCAGAAAGUGAGAAGGGAUAGAGAGGUGAACGACCACGAUCAUCAGGACAGAGUCUGUUUCCUUAUGCUAGCGGAGGUCAAGACGAGGUUGAAGGAACUUCAAGGAAGAAGUCAUGCAGUACAUAUAUGAACGCCUGAUGUGCUUCACAGC